AUGAGAUUCUCUCGGAUUUAUUUGCUGCUGCUUUUGCUUCUUCAUUUUCAGCUGGCUGAUGGAUUGUUUGGACUUCUUGCCCUGGCCGUGGGCAGCAUUGGUACUUCGGUCUACUCGAUUGUCCAGGGUGAACGAGCCGAAAAACGCGAGCAGCGGAGAGAACAACGAGAGGUCGAAUUGAUGCAAGAAGAGAGUCGCGUCUUAGGCGAUUUCAUCUACGCGGCAAAUGGCAAAUUGAAUGAUAUACAUUAUCUUUCCAAGGAGACUUUGCAACAAGUGCUUGCCAACAACGAGGAUCUCCGACAUUUGGAUCGAAAGCUCAAUCACAAAUUCGACGAGGCUUUUCGGGGACUCGAUCGAAACAGCUUCCUUAUCUCCCAAUAUUCCCAAGGACUUUCGAGGAAACUCGAUGACGUCAACACCGGAAUUAUGGAAAAGUUCUUGGAGCAGAGGAGAGCCACCGAUCUCAACACCGGUCUCAUCGAGCAUUUUCGGAACGAGACUCUCGACGGUCUCGUCUACAUCGCUAGAAAGCUGCAUCUCAACGAAGAGCAAACGGCGGCGGCGAGAAAACACCUGAUCGAGGGCAUAAAUGCGGGAUUUGUGGCCGUGCAAGAGCGAAUGAUCGAACAUCACACAAAACAUUCGAAACACUUGAGUCAAUUGGGCAAUUCGUUAACAUUCAACUCGCUCGUCUUACAAGCCGGACAAGAGGCCACACAGAAACAGCUGCAGGAUGGAUUCGACGAGAUGAGGGAGAAAGCCGUCGAGCACUCCUUGUCGCUUAGCGUGAUGAAGGAGGCGUUCGAGAACAAAUUCGACGACACAAUGAAAGCAAUUCUCGCCAAUGCGAAUCGAGCCGAAGCCCUGAAAGUCCAAGUGAGCCGACUGGAGACGAAAAUUCUCGACGGUUUUCGUGACCUAAAAGACUCAUUCACAGCGGAAAUCGCCGACUUUCGAGCAAUCUUCGAGCAAUCGGAACUCAAAGCAAUCUUCAACCCGAUCAAUUCGACAUUCCAAAUGAUGAAUCUCUACAUUCAAAACCGAGACGCGACAAGCGAGAAAGAGUUCAAAGAGGCCUAUUCGGGAUUGCAGAUACGAAACAAGUACUCGAUGCGCGAAGAGGUGGCCCGUCACGCUUUCCAAGUGACUGCCGUUAAAUUCUUGAAAGAUUCGACGGCAGAUCUUGACAACAAGUUGACGGAUGAGGAAAUUCUCACCCUUCUCGCCAGCAUUCAAGACGAUCUGCACAAUGAGAAAUGGGCCGAUACGAAUCGAUCUCUCAGUCAGUAUGUGGUCUUUUCGACGAGAGACUGUAAGUACUCGAGGGAACGAUAUCAUCAUCACGAAUCACAUUUCGCUCAUUACACGAACGCGCACAACAUGAGCUUUUUCCUCUAUCGACAAAGACAUGAUCUCUCGACUGAGAAGUCAUUUGAUGGCGAUUACGAAAUGGGAAACGUGUUGACCUCGAAAACCGUCAAAAAUGUGCUUUUGGAUCGGAUCCAUCGAGUGGCCCUCGUUGAGAAUGGGGCGAUUUCGAGAGAUAUUGGUCAAACGAUCCACAUGGCUGCCGACGAGAUUUGUGCCAAGAAUUGCCGGGCGCUGCUCACCUCGCCGAGCAAUUGCAUGGUCAUCACUCCGGGUGCCGUCCGCUUUGCUGCCAUUUUCAGUCCGUUUGGUCUCGUGGAGAUCUUUGUCGGGCUA